CUCAGUUGAAACUCCGAAAGUCGAGUAACUCCGAAGCCUCUCUCUCUCUCUCAUCUAUUCUUCCUUACAGAUUCAACAAAGGCGAGUCAUCUUGUCUUCAUUGAAACCAAAAGUCUCCAAAUUUCUUGUUCUUCUGACAAAUCCCAUCUCUUAAACCUUAAAAAAAAAAAAAACAUAUAUUUGCCCUUUUUUUGUCUGUCUCUCUUUCUUCUGGUAAAGAAAUGGGGGUUCCAGUGAUCAAAUUUCCAAUCGUUAUGGUAGUUAGAGUAUUAGGACUUGUAAUAACAGCUCUUGUUUUCACAUGGACUCUUCAUUACAGAGGAGGAUUGGCUCUCAUCUCUGAUAACAAAGAUCUCAUCUUCAAUGUGCAUCCCGUUUUAAUGGUCAUUGGACUAGUUCUCUUAAAUGGCGAAGCCAUUCUGGCAUACAAGACUGUUCCAGGGACAAAAAGCUUCAAAAAAUUAGUUCAUCUUAGUAUACAGUGUCUUGCUUUUAUCUUGAGUAUUAUUGGCGUAUGGGCUGCUUUGAAGUUCCACAAUGAUAAGGGCAUUGACAACUUUUACAGUCUUCACUCUUGGUUGGGCCUAGCUUGCCUUUUCUUAUUUGGCAUCCAGUGGGCUGCUGGCUUUGCAACCUUUUGGUACCCAGGUGGCUCAAGAAACAGCAGAUCUGCCUUGCUGCCAUGGCAUGUUUUCUUUGGGAUGUAUACAUAUGCCCUCACUGUUGCUACCGCUACUACGGGUAUCUUAGAGAAGCUUACUUUUCUUCAAACUAACAGGGUAAUAUCGCGCUACUCUACUGAGGCAUUGCUUGUAAACUCUUUGGGUAUUUUGAUUGUUGUUCUGGGUGGUUUUGUCAUUCUUGCUACACUCACUCCUGUGAAUGGCAAAAUUGAUUCCCACAGGGGAGUAGUGGAAUAGGUAAAAUGUGUUUCCCUGUAAUUCCAGGUGAGUGAUAGCUGUAUGCUCUACUCGGAAAGAAGUGAAGGAUGAGCUUGUUGCAUCAGUAAUGAAAUCUGAAAACUAUUACAUGUUCAUCUGCGGCAGAAGUUAGAGAGUUGGUUGUUGUCUAAUGUUUACUCAUGUCUCGUUUUUCUUUUGUUGUAAUUCAGCCUUAGAUUCAUUGCUUUCGAGCGUUAAAACGGUUUUCAGAUUUCCAAAGACAGGAUACUUUCAUUGUGAAAGUUAUAGCAUCUUCUUCUCUCUGUUGGUUGACAUUGCUGAUUUUGCAAUUUUUCCCCUUUUUUCUUUUUAGGAUAAACAUACCAAAAGAUAAGGUUCUUUUUCAA